AUGGCAAAGCAUGCAGCCUCCGACACGCUAAAAAAACGCCAAGAAGAAGAGGAAAAGGCAAGAGCUUACCGGAUUGCUCACGCAAUUUGGCUGGAUGAGCAACAGAAGCCAAAAGACGAGCGCCUGUCUUACCGGGAGGUGGCUGAGGAGGCACGCAAGCGAUGGCAUGCCAAGACAGGCCACUGGCUGAAGCUGAAUCACAACACUGUCCAUAAUCACGCAACUGGCAAAACACGUCCUCGGGAGGAGACUAAAUGGGAUUCAUCUCAUUUGAGCGCUGUCGAAGAAGAAGAGGUUGUCAAUUACCUCAUCGAGACGGCAGCUCAGGGCUUCAGGCUGUCACAUCGUCGUUUGAAGGAGCACGUCAUAGAGCUCUGCCGAGCGCAUUAUGGCACCUCCUUUCCUGGUCUUGGGAAGCACUGGUCCCACCGCUUUGUUGAGCGGCAUCACAAACACCUUCACAUAUACCGGACUCGGCCACUCCAUGAUGUCCGAGGGAAAGCUGCGAACCCAGAAAACCAUAAGGCCUGGUGUGAUCUCGUUGAGAACGUCCAGCUGCAUGGAGAUGAGGGCAACGCAAUUGCACCUGAGAACACGUACGCGCUGGAUGAGGCAGGUUUUCAGGCUAACGGUGAUGAGGGAGAAGAGCGGGUGAUUGGCGGAGCGGGCAAGAACGUCCAGUACCAGCAGCAAGCUGGAACGAGGGAGACAACGACUGUCAUUGUCAAUAUCUGCUUGGAUGGGACUGCCAUACCUCCAGCCGUUUUGUUUUCUGGAAAGGGCUUUGCGGUUCGGUGGAAGCAAGAUAACCCUGCAGAAGCAAUGCUGGGAUACUCGAAGAAGGGCUGGACGGAUAACGAGAUCGGCAUCGAGUACGCAAAGCACUUUGAGCGAAUGACUCGUGAGAAGGCGGGUGGCAGGUGGCGAGUCCUCUACGUCGACGGACAUGGUUCACAUGUCACUCGCGGGUUCUUGAUGUUCUGCAAGGCGCAUAAGAUCCAUGUCUUGUGCUAUCCUGCCCAUACAACUCACAUUUACCAAGGUCUGGAUGUUGUGAUAUUCAGCCCGAUGAAGCAAAGGUUCGGUGAGAACCGUGACAAACUCUUUCGAGAGACGGGCCAGGAGAUCUCAAAAGAGAACUUCCUGAAGGUUUAUGGUGACACCCAUCUUGCGAUACUACAACCGGAGUUAAUCAAGAAGGCGUUCUCGAAGACAGGAAUCAUACCUUUUAACCGUGACGUGAUCUCCGCCGAUAAGCUCGCUCCCAGCCGCGACACCUCGUUUCGGCAUUACACCCCAGUCGAGCCACCAGCUGCUGUCGAUGAGGGAGGAAUGGGUGAAGAGGAGGAAGAAGCGGUGGCGGAUGGAGAGCAGGACAAGGAGGUGGAGGAUGGUGCUGAUGAGGAGGUAGAUGAUGUUGAGGAGGGGGGUGGUGAGGCUGGUCAUGAAACGGGUGAGGAGGGAGAAGGGGAGGAACAAGAACCUGUAAAUGAUGAACCUGCCCACCCACGGCUUGACACCUUUCCCAUCCGAGCCGCCCUCAAAGAACUUGCCAACUCUGAUUGCGGCUUUCUCUUCUCACAAACGCCUAUCCCAUCGUCUUCUAAUCCACCCGAUCUGCCGAAUGUUCUCAUCUCGCCUAUGAAACGUCGCAUUACCAAACCGUCAAUGUCAAGGCAAGAUGUCACAUACCUCACAACAAAGACGACAUCCACACCCGACGAGGACGCCAUGCAGGAGGCUCUCAUUGCGAAAGCAGCGGCAGCAGAUUACUACAAGGAGCAGGCGAUCCGUAUGCAAUCCAUGCUCGUGUUGCAGCGAUUAUACUGCAACAAACUGCGUCGUCAGCUUCAAGCGAAGGAAGGAAAGGCAGAGAGGAAGAAGAAGGGGCGAGGAGGUAUUCUACAAGACGGCUUACCUCGUUUGAUGACACAUUCCGCCGUGAUUCGAGCCGUCAAGGAGCACGAGGAUGCGAAGGCGAAGGAGGCGCGCGACAAGGAGGAGAGGGCUGCCCAGCAGCUUGAAUACGAGGAGCGGAUGGCAGUGUGGCAGGCACAUGAGGAUGGUCGGGAGGCUAGGAAUGCGGCACUGUAUCGCCAGUUUCAGGAGGAUGCAAACAAGUGGACAGCAGCACGAGUAGCAGCGAAGGAGGCGGGCCGCAAGCUGAAGGUUUGGGACAAAGCCCAUCCAAAGCCUUUGCGUUCGAAUUACAAGGAGGCCCGGGUAAAACCCCCAACCAAGAAGGCGCGGAAAGAUCCUGAGGAGGAUCCUGAGGAGGAUGUGGGUGGCGACGGUACGAUAGACGAAGAAUAG